GAGUUUUAGGGUUUAUGCGAAACUUGGAUUGAUCGAUCCAUGUCCUGUCUUUCCUUCUCAAUCGCGCUCACUCUCACUCGCGCUCUCACAUCACAGAUUUUCACACACAAUCUUUCUGUUGCGUGCAUUUAAUGCAGAUAGCCAGACAGGAACAAGGGCGCGCAGCGCAACAGACAAACGCAACAGGGAUUCUCCGGCCGCCAGGGCAUUCUUGCAGCUCUCGGCCGUGAAUCGUGAUCUCCCUCCUCUCCUCCCCUCCCAAUCGAUCGGAUAAGUCAGCGCCGAAAAAUUCGAUCUUCCUGGGAAUCCCCGCAAUAUCGAAUUCAUCGAUCCCAAUGGCGUCCGCCCUUCUUAAAUCUGGGAGCCGCGCCGCGGUAUCCAAUCGACACCCCCAAGGCUAGCCAGGACGAUCCAACUCCUCUCCCUAGAUCGAUCAAAGUCCUUUGCGAUGAUCGCCUCCUCCUCCUCUUCGCCGUCGUGCUCUUCUAGCUACUGCUACUUGCUCUUGAUCCAGAGCGUCAUCUCGAUCUGCUGCUGCACGGCCGCGCGAUCCCUGCUCGCUCCAGUCGGAGGAGGAGGAGGAGGAGGAGGAGGAGGAGGAGCAUUGGAAUAUCAUGGACACCCAUCCUCGAGUACCGAUCUGGAUGUCAGCCCCGCGCAGCCUGCGAGAGGCGAGCUGAGCUUCAAGAUCGGAUCCAGGCCUCCCAGCUGCUCCAACAAGUGUAAUUCCUGCCUCCCCUGCCAAGCAGUCCAGGUCCCAGCACCACUGUCUCAUCACAGCCCCUCUUCUUCCUCCACUCCUUCCUCUUCCUCUUCUUCCCCACAGGGGGAAUCUUCCUCCCCACCAAGCCAAGUCUGCAGUGAAUAUUCCAACUACAAGCCUGAGGGGUGGAAGUGCAAGUGUGGCAACAAGCUCUACAAUCCAUGACAAGCCACUUAUUAUUUUUUUUUUUGAAGAGCUGAGAUGUAUCAGAGGAGUAGAUUUUGUUUCUCCUUUUUUCUUGCUUUUAAUUUUAGAACUCUUUUGUAAAACGCCACUUUUCUUGAUAUUCUAUCUGGUCAGAUCAGAUCAGAUUUUUUUUUUGUCUUCCUCUCCAUUCCUUUCUUCUUUUUGAUUCUAAGGCUUUGAUCCUUUUGAUUAUCUAAAAUGGCAUGAUAUGUACACACAUAAUAAGUUAAACCAGCAUAUUUACAGCUUUC